AAGUCGAUUUCUGAUUUUCUCUCAUUCCCUUUGCAGCAGCAGAGAGAUCCACCGCCGUAGCAGCACAAAAACUACCGGAAAAUGGAGGCGGCUAGAACUGUCAAGGAUGUUUCGCCUCAUGACUUCGUCAAAGCUUACGCUUCUCACCUCAAACGCUCCGGCAAGAUGGAGCUUCCUGAAUGGACUGACAUUGUCAAAACAGGAAGGCUGAAAGAGCUUGCACCAUAUGAUCCUGACUGGUACUACAUCAGAGCUGCUUCUAUGGCAAGGAAGAUUUACCUCAGAGGAGGUAUUGGCGUUGGCGGUUUUCAGAGAAUUUAUGGCGGCAGCAAGAGGAAUGGCAGCGCUCCACCCCACUUCUGUAAGAGUAGUGGUGCCGUUGCACGUCACAUACUCCAGCAAUUGCAGGGAAUGAACAUCAUUGAUUUUGACCCAAAGGGCGGAAGGAGAAUCACAUCUAAUGGUCAGCGAGAUCUUGACCAAGUUGCUGGAAGAAUUGCCCUUGCUCAUUAGUGGAAGCCGUAUGGGAUUUCUUAAGGAUGCAUAAGAUAAUUUCAUUUUGGAUGAAUGUAGAUUUAGUGCAUGCUUACAUUGUUUUCUAUUAGUUCAGCCUUUUGAACACUUCACUGGAGAAGUUUUUUUUUUUUUUUUUUUUUGGUGUUUUAAUGGUUUUCCCUGUUUUGAUGAGUUAAAUUUA